AUGGCGGGUAUUUUCAAGAAUGUUUUUGGCGGCUCUCAGCCCUCGGGCUCGGCCAAUGUGGAGGAUGAUUUCGCCGACUUUGUGAAAGCUCCGGAGCCCUCUCCUGCCUCCAUCUUGGCGGCAUCCUCGUCUUCGUCCACGCCGGCGUAUAACACCCAGGCCAUCAAGCCCGUCCCUUAUACGAAAUGGUACCGCGUGUGGGAGCGCACCUCCCCCCGGGACUUCCUCCAGGAGGCCAUGGUCAUGCCUUUAAUCUUGCUGAUUGUGGUGUUCCAUCUGUGGGGAACGCGCAAGAACCGGCGCAGGGCGAAGGAAUGGGCCCAAGCCCAUGCGCCUGUCCUGCAGAGCGAGUUCGCCCUCGUUGGCUUCGACGGCGUGCCAAAGUCCGGCGACAACGCCAUUACAUCGGAGCUCGCCUCCCCCGAGACAAUUCUCAAGGAAAAGAGUGCCCAGGAGUACACCGCUUACGCCACCGGCCGCCAGAAUGUCGCGUUUGUCGACGUUUCGAUCAAGAUGCCCAAGCGCUACAACCCCAUCAUCUACUACAUGGAUAUGAUCCUUGGUUUCUUGUUCGAUAGCUACGAGCCCCCCUCGGAAACCUGCGACGCGGUCGCGUAUACCUUUGACGGCAAGGAGAAGGAUGUGGUUCCCGUUCCCGGUGGCGACACCUCCUCUCUGAAGGUAAACAACUCGAGCUAUGACGGCUUUAUCUGGGCGGUGGUGCACAAGAACCACAUGCGCAAGUUCCGUGAGGAGCGUUACGACGCUUCUAUGACCUUCACCAAGGACAACUCCAAGCUUCCUGCCUGGGUGACCGUGAUGACCGAGAGCGCUGAGAUCACCGACACCCUUCUUAGCCCGGAACUUAUCCAGGCUAUUGAGAAGGCUGGCGACCACUUCAAGUACCUGAUUAUCACUGAUCAGCCUGUUGAUAAACCCACGAAACUCGAGGAAACUACCCCGAGAAAGCGCAUUCAAGUCUCGACCACCCUUCCCUCGUCCUCCGGCUACACCGCGACCAUGCCCCUGUUCUCGCAGUUCCUCCGACUUGCCGAUAAGCUCGUUUCGGUUGGCCACUUCCGUCCCGAGGUGCUGCGCAAGAUCCGCAACACUCGCGAGGAGGAGAUCCGCAAGCUUCGUCGCGCCGACGAGGAGGAGAAGGCAGAGGAGCGCAAGCUGGCGGCGGAGAAGCUCAAGAAGGAGGAGCGAGAGCGACUCCUCCGGAGCAUGUCGGCUGAGGAACAGCGCAAGUUCCUCGAGCGGGAGGCCCAGAAGGGCCAGCGGCGCUCCAUGAAGAAGUACACCCGGAGACAGUGA